AUUCAAAACCACAACUUUAGUAUAAUGAUAGCAUUAUAUGAUAAAAUAAAAAUUUAAAAAUGAUGAAAAUAAUGAUAACAAAAUCAUUUUGCUGGGAUAUGUAGUUUGGCUAAAUGGAAAAGUCACUGCCUUAGGCGAUUAUUAGGCAUUUAGAAAUGAAAAUCAAUCAGUUAGGCAUUGAACUAAAAUAUGAAAACUAUAAAAUAGUUAAAUGAUGAAAUUAGUAAGGAUAACACAGAAAAUAAUAUUUUAGAGAAACGCUACAUUGAAGUGUUAAAUCUAAAAGUUCUGGGGCUGGUUUUGUGACACAGCAGAUUCAGCUGCCACUCACGACACCAGCAUUCCACGUGAGCAACCGUUGAAGUCCCAGCUGCUCCACUUCGGAUCCAGCUCUCUGCUAAUGCAUCUGAGAAAGCAUCAGAAGAUGGCCCAAGUACUUGGGCCCCUGCCACCCAUACAGCAGACCAGGAUAAAAUGCUGAGCUCCUGGCUUCAAUCUAGCCUAGCCCCGGCCACUGUGGACAUUUGGGGAAUGAACCGGUGGAUGAAAGACCUCUCUGUCUCUUUCUAUAAUGCCGCCUUUCAAAUAAAUAAAAUAAAUCUUAAAGAAAAUCUAGGAGUUCUUUGAAUAAUAAAAAGAUGAAACUGGGAAAAAGCAUGUAUAGACAGAAGCAACAGUUAGACUGAGGAAUGACAACUGAUACAGAAAAAAUUAAAACAAUUAUAAGUGUUCUUUGUUCAUCUCUGUAAGAAAAUUUUCAAAAAGCUGGAUAAAUGUAGGAAAAUAAAAAUAGCUGAAAUUGACUCCACAGGAGAUGAGGGGGGAAAAAUCUAAAUAGGGCAAAUAAUUGCAAUAGGAGAAAUUAAUCAAUUAAAAGAUUUUUAUUUUUAGUUCCAGUGUAGUAUAAACUUUCCAGAUCACAUGGAAAAGAGAGUCAGGUUGUCUUUUUUUUUUUUUUUUUUUUUUUUAAGGAUGGCAUGUUCUUUUACUUACUUUUUUUUAAAGAUUUAUUUAUUUGAAAGUCGGAGUUAACAGAGAGGAAACGCAGAGGCAGAUAGAGAGAGAGAGAGAGAGGUCUUGCUCACUCCCCAACUGGCCACAAAGUCCGGAGCUGCACUGAUCCAAAGUCAGGAGCCAGGAGCUUCUUCGGGGUGCCCCACGCAGGUGCAGGGGCCCAAGGACUCAGGUCAUCUUCCACUGCUUUCCCAGGCCAUAGCAGAGAACUGGAUAGGAAGAGAAGCAGCCAGGACCAGCACUGCAGGCGGUGGCUUUUCCAGCUAUGCCACAGCGCUGGUCCCAGGUUGUCUUUUUUAAUCUGUAUGUCACUGAUAUAUCUGAUACUACACGUAAAAAAAAAAAUCCUACAGACACAUGAUAUGCCCAAAAAAAUCCUCAUCUCAGAAGUUGAAACAGUAUUUAACAAAAUUCAAUAUCAAAUAAUGGUUAAAAAAAAAUCCUUAGAAAAAGUAGAAACCUUUGGAUACUUAGGACAAAUGAAGCUUUCUUGCUGUCAACUAUUAUUGGUAUUAUUAAAUGUUGGUCUGUAUGUAAAUGUGGGUCAGCAGGAUUAAAUACAAAGAAAAAAAAAAACGCUGUAUAAAUAUUAGGAAUAGGGCCCCCCUUAUCCAUGCAUACUGUUAUAUCCGUGGCCCCAGUGAGACAAGAAAAUCGGCUGAAUUAAUUAUAGAGAAAUUCGGUAAGGAGCCUGUUUACUGCCUGGAGACUCAGCAACCAGUAGGUGAGCGAGGCUGCUCGGGGCUGGCGCGAGCCGCAGCGUGUGCACUGAGAACCAGAAGGAGGGGCCGUGGCACGCGCGCUGUUCGCUAACGGAAUGGCCACAGGCGCAUGCGUGGAUUGCCCACGCACACGCGCUGGACACUCCCAGAAGCACCCGCUUCUUCCUCUUCAACCGUCAGCGGCGUUCUCGAGCUCCCGCUUCUCUCCAGAGCUCGCUGUCUCCGCUCAGCCUGUUUUAACUGCUUUUCAGCCGCUCACGAGCUGCCGAGGGCCAAAACUACUGCUUGGCUCAGCCAUGGCCUCAUACAACGCUUUGUACAACCCUGCGGAGAACUCGGGCGUUCCUACAGAGAUGGUGGAAUUACACCAGGCCGGGUCAGAGACUGUGCCUAUGGCUACUGUGCCAGUGCCGGCGCUCGAUAUGUAUGAAGAUGUCAGCGGCAGCUGGGUUCACGGUGGCCACUACCACCCACCCCUGAUCGCUCUGCAGCCGCUUGUCACCAACAACUUCUUCCAUGGGGACCAUGACCAGGAGUUGAUCAUGGUGCAGACCCGAGAGGAAGUGGUGGGCUGUUACGACUCGGACAGCCUGCAGGCCACCAGUGACUACGGAGACCAGAGGGUCGUCCCGGCGCAGGAGAGCGCCGAGGACAUUCAGCAGAGCCUGACCUGUGAGCCAUCGUUGGCCUGCAACUACUACAGGAAGCCAAGCAGAAAGCAUGGCAGCUUCCGAACUCGCAGUAGCAGUGAGGCCGCGGCCGGGAGCAGCAAGAAGUGGGAGCAGAAGCAGGUGCCAAUCAAAACACUGGAGGGUGAGUUCUCUGUCACCAUGUGGUCCUCUAGCAAUAAAAGGGAGUGUAAUACGGUGGGUGGCAGCCAGAGUGACGGUUCAAGUUCUGAUUAUUCUGAGUACUUCACAGGGAAGAAACUUCCUCCUGGAGGAAUACCUGGCAUUGACCUCUCAGACCCCAAACAACUUGCCGAAUUUGCUAAAAUGAAGCCGAGAAAACCCCAGGACAGUAGUUCGAGGACGGUAGCUUGCCCUCAUAAAGACUGUGAAAAGAUGUUCAGGGAUAACUGCGCCAUGAGAAAACAUCUGCACACCCACGGUCCCAGGGUCCACGUGUGCACAGAAUGCGGCAAAGCUUUUAUUGAGAACUCGAAGCUAAAACGACAUCAGCUGGUUCACACUGGAGAGAAGCCCUUUCAGUGCACGUUCGAAGGCUGCGGAAAACGCUUUUCCCUGGAUUUCAAUUUGCGCACCCAUGUGCGAAUCCACACCGGAGAUAAGCCGUUUGUUUGCCCUUAUGAUGCCUGUAGUAAGAGGUUCGCUCAGUCAACUAACCUGAAGUCACACAUCUUAACGCAUGAGAAGAACAAAGCCAGCCAGUGAAAAGGAGCAAGAAGAUCAUUCUCAAACUUGGGAAGUGUUUCCAGUGGUUGUGGUUAGGAACUAAUAGUAUUGUUGUAUUGUUUGUAAGAAAG